AGCCAAACGUUCUCUCUAUCAAUUACCAUUAUUGUAUUGAUCGAAGUGAUCGUAGCCAAGACUUUAUCUUGACCAGAGGGUUGAGCGUGAGCUGAGUAAGAGUUCCGCAACACCACAAGUCUCUCUUGCCUUAUUUGCUAUUCACUCCGCUUUCUUACACUGAAAUCCAAUCCAGAAAGCUUCCACGACUGUCGCCCUCGCUUCCUUAAGCUUUUGCCUCACCUUCCCCGCGUUCAUUCCAUGCUUCUAGUAUGCUCAAUUUGAGAUCUGGUCGCCUAGGGUUUUGAGCUGCAAAAAGCUGCUUCUGGGGUUGGGCUUGUGGAUUGGGGGUUCGGGAGGUUUUGCUCUGGGAUGUUGGAUUUGAAUGUGGUACGUCUUCUUGGGGGUGGAGGUGUGAAUUAGAAGAUCUGGGGGUUAUGAGAACGAGAAGGUUUGGGUAUUGCAUUGGAACUGGUUUUGGAUGAUAUUUUAUGGCGUCUUCUGUGAAUUUUGGAAUUUUGGGCGGGUUGGGGGGGGGGGGGGGAGGACUUGGUGCAGAGAAUAUGAAGAACACGCCUUGAUAAUGCUUUGAGACUGGGCAGCCUAAUAAGUGAUUGGACGCUAUUGGAUUUUGGGUUUGAAGGCUGAGAGUGGUUUUGGUUGCUUAGAGAUAUCUUAAUAUGAGGCUUUCUUCUUCAGGACUUGGUCAACCGGUUCAAGAAGAUUGUGAUUAUACAGGGGAGAAAAAAUGUUUAAAUUCCGAAUUAUGGCAUGCAUGUGCUGGUCCUCUGGUGUCUCUGCCGCCUGUUGGAAGUCGUGUGGUCUACUUUCCCCAAGGUCAUAGUGAGCAGGUUGCUGCUUCAACAAACAAGGAAAUAGAUGCACAUAUUCCCAAUUACCCUAACUUGCCACCACAGCUUAUCUGUCAGCUUCACAAUGUGACUAUGCAUGCAGAUGUGGAAACGGAUGAAGUAUAUGCUCAAAUGACUCUGCAACCUUUAAGUCCGCAAGAGCGAAAGGAUAUAUAUCUACUGCCUGCAGAAUUGGGUACUGCCAGCAAACAACCAACCAACUACUUCUGCAAAACAUUAACAGCAAGUGAUACCAGCACUCAUGGAGGAUUUUCUGUCCCUCGAAGAGCUGCUGAAAAAGUCUUCCCUCCUCUUGAUUACUCGCUGCAGCCUCCUGCACAGGAACUAAUUGCCAGGGAUCUCCAUGAUAAUGAAUGGAAAUUCAGACACAUUUUUCGAGGUCAGCCGAAGAGGCAUCUUCUAACUACAGGGUGGAGUGUCUUUGUUAGUGCUAAGAGGCUUGUUGCUGGUGAUUCAGUCCUUUUUAUCUGGAAUGAUAAAAAUCAAUUACUCUUGGGAAUCCGGCGAGCAAUUCGUCCACAGACUGUUAUGCCGUCCUCAGUUUUGUCAAGUGACAGCAUGCAUAUAGGUCUUCUUGCUGCUGCAGCUCACGCGGCUGCAACGAAUAGCCGCUUUACUAUAUUCUAUAACCCAAGGGCAAGCCCAUCAGAAUUUGUCAUUCCCUUAGCCAAGUAUGUCAAAGCUGUAUAUCAUACCCGAGUUUCUGUUGGCAUGCGAUUUAGGAUGUUAUUCGAGACAGAAGAAUCAAGUGUCCGUAGGUACAUGGGUACUAUAACAGGCAUUAGUGAUUUAGAUCCUGUUCGCUGGCCAAAUUCACACUGGCGUUCAGUGAAGGUUGGCUGGGAUGAGUCCACUGCAGGGGACAGGCAGCCUAGAGUUUCCUUGUGGGAGAUUGAACCGUUGACAACAUUCCCUAUGUAUCCAUCCCCAUUUCCUUUGAGGCUGAAACGCCCUUGGCCGUCAGGACUACCUUCUUUUGGUAGCAUGCAUUGCUUUACUUGUGCAGUGAGUUACGUGGCAUAUUCUCCUUUGGCUCAACUUAAUUGUUUCCCUUGUUUGUGUGCUUCAGGUCUAAAAGAUGGUGACAUGAACAUUGGUUCUCCAUACACGUGGCUCCAAGGUGGGCUUGGGGAUCAAGGAAUGCAAUCUCUGAACUUCCAGGGACUGGGGGUUGCACCAUGGAUGCAGCCAACACUUGGUGCUUCCAUGUCCGGACUUCAGCCAGAAAUAUACCAAGCAAUGGCUGCUGCUGCACUUCAGGAAAUGAGAGCAAUGGGUCCGUCUAAACCUUCUUCUGAAUCUCUGCUGCAGUUUCAGCAGUCUUCAAAUGUUCCUGGUGCUCCUUCUUCUGGUAUCCAGAGGCAAGUGUUACAGCAGUCUCAGUCCCAAAAUGUCCUAUACAACUUUCAAGAAAACCAGAUUCCUUCUCAGUCUUCACUUCUGCAACGACAGAUGCAGCGUUACCAUCCUUAUAAUGAUCAGAGGCAGCAGCAGCAGCAGCAGCAUCGACCUAACAGUUUACCUGUUCAGCAGCAGAUCUCAAAUGUUGUUUCUCCUUUGUCUAAUUUUGCAUCACCCACCCAGUUUGUCUCUCCACCCAUGCCAGCCAUUGCUUCAAAUUGCCAGCAGCAGAGUUUCCCUGAACCUGCCAGGAACCAGAACCAAAUUCCCAGCUCUGAUGUUUCUGCUAUCCACAGUCUACUUGGAUCGCUUCCCCAGGAUGGAGUAUCCCAGUUACUUAACAUGAAUGGAUCCAACUCUCUGGUUUCUCCUGCUUCCUUACUACCCAAGCAAAUAACUGCUGAACCUCAGUUUCAUACUGCUGCUGCUCAGUGUGUAUUACCCCAGGUGGGAAACUUGGGUACAUCACACUCAAAUGUAUCUGAACUUCCUAUUUUGCCUCCAUUUCCUGGAAGAGAAUAUUCUGCAUACCCAGGUGCCACUGAUCCUCAGACCAAUCUUUUGUUUGGGGUUAAUAUUGAUCCUACUCUUAUGUCACAAAAUAGCAUGUCAAACAUGAGAAACGUUGGCAAUGAGAAUGAUACAUUAUUGAUGCCCUUUUCAGCUUCAAACUUCGGUGGUGCUACAGGGACUGAUUAUCCUCCAAGUUCAGAUAUGACAACAUCAAGUUGUGUAGAUGAAUCUGGUUUUUUGCAGUCUUCAGAAAAUGUGGAGCAAGCAAAUACAUCAACUGGAACCUUUGUCAAGGUUCACAAGUUAGGGUGCUUUGGGAGGUCACUGGACAUCUCUAAGUUUAGCAGCUACGAUGAACUACGUAGUGAGCUUGCCCGCAUGUUUGGGCUUGAAGGCCAACUAGAGAACCCUCAGAGAUCAGGCUGGCAGCUUGUAUUCGUUGACCGGGAGAAUGAUGUUCUUCUCCUUGGUGAUGACCCUUGGCAGGAGUUUGUGAACAAUGUGUGGUACAUCAAGAUUCUGUCUCCACUUGAAGUACAACAAAUGGGCAGAGAAAGUUCUGGUCCCACGGCUUCUGCAUUAGCCCACAGGCUUUCUACCACUGACAACUAUGCGAGUCGGCAAGAGUUGAGAAAUCCUAGCAAUGGGAUUGCGUCAAUGGGGUCUCUAGACUAUUAGAAUGAUCUGCUUCAUAGGCAUAGUGGUAAAGAAUGUCUGGAGUCUUUAUGAAAGAUGUUUCUCGUCUCAGGAUUGGCCUAGUAUUCUUAUAUAUCCAUUUUAUAGUUGAGUAUGUAUUAGUGAUUCUGCAAGGCCUAUUCAGAUCUACAGCAUAUCACUGUAAAUUAUAAUAGGUGACCUUGUUUCUUCAGCUGUCACUGUAACGCUUAGAUCAGCACUAAAUGUAGAAGAUGGAGUCAUGUCCUUAUCAGUAGGGUUUGUGCUUUCUCCCCUUGACGUCUUCCAAAUUAUUGGUCAUAUUUAAAAGAAAACUUAGUGAGUACCAAGUCCUUUUCACCCCC